AAAUAAUGCAAUGCAACCCCCUGCGUAUACCAAAACAUGGUGUGCUGAGACCACUAAAACCCAAAUCCCACAAGUGACAAACUAAUGAAAAGUCGUACAUAUCUUUGAGUAAGCUCUCUCUUUCUUAUCUUGACCACCUUUAUUUGGAUUACCGAUUACGUCUCUACCAUAUGUUCAUCUCUCGCUUAUCUCUACCUCUCUAUUCUUUAUAAAUGCAAUAAACACGAGUCACAGUGAUUAAGUUGAGAUACGCAUGCAAACUAAAAUAGGUAUCAGACUUAGUGAUAAUAUAACAGAGAGAAUUAUUAAGAUGGCAUCUUCCACAGUUGUCUCUUCCAUGCUAUUUCUUCUUCUCGUGUUUUCGGUUCAUAUGGAUGAUCAAGCUUUCGGUGCCCAAACUGAAAUCCGCAAACUGAUCAAAGAGACAACGUUCAAGCUGAUGAACCUGGAAGGCGAUGGCAGCAGAAGCUCCAAAAUUGAUACUUCACCGAGCGCAUCAAGAAAAUGUGGAGGCGCCAAAGCCAAAAAAUUUAAAAACAUGGCGACCAAUGUUGGUCCAGAUGAUCAGUUCAGUCCUCUUCCAAGAGGCGACUCGUCCUUCCUCUGUAUAAGGUGUGUAAUCACCAAACGCUGCGUAGGGAUUCAAGGCACACCCCUAACGUGCACCCCAAUCUCCGAGCGCUGUGAAGACAUACCUGGCCACUGAUGAUCGGGUUAUUAACUUUGAAUACAUAUUAUAUACAGUAUGUUGUUAUACGAACGUUGUAGUUGGUUUGCUAUUUCUAUGAUUCUUCGUUUCAUAUAUGCAUGUGUGUUGCCAUGUAUCAUAAGUUUUAAUUAUGUACUUUCUUUUGUUCCAAAAUUAUACUGUUACAAAAUAUGUUUUCCCUAAUUAAAAAGGAAAGAGAAAACAUUACAUGAAUAUUCACAAACCAUAGAUAGUUUUGUUUUAUUUUUAACGUAUGUUUAUUUGACUAAUUUAUGAAGUUAUGGGAUUCUUGGAGCCAAUUUUCCUUAACUUAUGUGUGCCAACAUAACUUUAGUCGUGCAAUAGAAUACGA